AUCUUCCCUGCCCAUGCUGCGGCGGUCUCUGAUGCACCUCGGUGCUCGCAUCAAAGCGCCCUCGGUCCUUCUUUAGAACGCCGCAUUUCAUCAUCCAUUCCAGGUUCUAUAUAAAUAUCGCCUCAUAUCCUUUUAGCCCCCAAAGCCCACAGCAGGUUGCCACCAGGGUCCCUUGACUGCGCAUCACGAUUUAAUCAUAUCAUGUCUCACCAGAGCGUACCACUCCCCAGCAUACGCGACAUCUUUCCAGAAAUUUCAAUUCGUACACAACAGGACACAGAUCCCUCUGAUCAUAUUCGCCCCACCAGCAGCACUUCUCGUCACCGCGGUCAAAAACCCUAUCGCACGGGUGAUUCCGCAACAGAGCAUGCAUCCACAAUUCGCAGUCUCCCAUCACCACCCCCAUCCAGCACAAGCUCAGACUCCGCACCAAAUCGCCCAUUAUCCCAUCACCAUUCAGACAAUCUCCCAACUUAUUCAUUCAAUGUCCUCCGUGCUGACCCUCUCGCUUCCUCUCUUCAGCAUAUCGCUUCUAGCACCAAGUUGCGUACUCGUGCAACAAAUUCCUCUCAGGGAAAAUCGGGCUCGGGAAUCGCCAAUGGAUCGACACCGGUUUUCCGCGUUUCUAUGGCUCCCUUCGUACUUCCUCGGCAGUCACAACAACGCCAAAAGCACAGGUCCCCGGCUCCUCUCUAUAGUUCACAAAUUCAACGCGACAAUGCCUCUUUCACCCUACCCACCCCAAUUCAACACGUUCAAGAAUCAAGACCACAGCCUUCGUCUUCUGUAUUGUCUUUUUCUGUAUCAGACCCUCCUAAUUCUGCUUCCACCGUCAUGACAAAUGAUGGCAGGAGACCUUACCUAAAAUCGUCGGAUCAUCUAACAACAAUGCUGCAUGGUGAAGGGCGCGGUAAGAAGCACCAGUGUCCUCAUUGCGGCAAGCGAUUCAAUCGCCCCAGUAGCAUGAAGAUCCACGUAAACACGCACACGGGAGCAAAACCAUAUCAAUGCCCAUAUCCAGGAUGUGGCCGUGAAUUCAAUGUCAACUCAAACAUGCGUCGCCACUGGCGGAAUCACACGAGAUUGUCUGCGGGUCACUUGGCUGACAUGGAUGGGCAUGUUGACCAAUCCCCGUUCUCUCCGGACAUGCUGGGCCACAGUCAGUCCCUGGUCUCGCCUCCCGCAACAGACUCGGAAGAAUCAGAAGACGAUAUUUCUGAUGAUGAUUCCCACUACGCAAUGGAUGUCUAUGAGACCUGCGGUAAAGAACAUAAGGAGGUUAAUCAUCCCAGUGGAUCAGGGUCGCAGAGCAACUUGUUUUGGUCGCGAUCGCCUUCCCCAACCCGGAAAACUACUACUUAUAGUUAUCCUCCACCCCGUCCGCUUUCUCAUCUCGGCCCGUCGCCAUCGCACCCGACGGAAUACCUUUAUAGACCAUCAAACCCAGCCUACGUUCGCUCUUGCACAGAUUCCCGGGUUUCCACAGCCCUACGACCUGCAUUCCCCUGUGACACAUCAGGUCGCGCAGCAAGGCAGAAUGGACAAGUCUCAAGUCGUUCAUAAUGCACAUAUCCUUAAUUUCAUUUCUUGUCAAUCUGACGUUGCUUAUGUUCACUACAUACCAACAUGUGUAUCUUGAUAUAUCAUACAAAGCAUCUCACUUUUACAUGUAGCAUUUA